UUCAAAUCAGUUGGAUUCCGCGUGGGGAAGCGUAUAGGUGUCGUCGUCUGCUCGGUGAUCUUUGUGUCAAUUGCAAUGUGCAAAUACGUCUUAAUUGCUGCACUGGCCGUAAUGUGCUCCUCGGUGCGAGUCCAAGCCACGCUGCACGAUCUGCCCGGGGUCUUUGACUUCUCCAACGUGGAUCUGGUGAACUUCCAGUACUUCAAGAACCUGGCAUCGCAGGAUCCGCGCACCGCCGCCACCGCCAAUCCACUUCUGGUGCACUUUCAGAAGAAGAAGGCGGUGCUGGACUAUCUGGACCGCUUGUUCUUCGGCAACUCUCCGUUCCAGCAGCCCAGCGAGAUCCCCUUCGAUCCGCACUUCGGUCGCUCCUGGCGUCCGGUUUACGAGCGGAAGUUUGGCUAUCGCGGCGAGCGCCUCAUUGCUGCCCUGGGAUCGGGGUAUUCGGUGCCACAACUGCGCCACUUUGGAGCCAUUCCCCGCGAGUAUGGCACACCGCACUAUCCCAGUUGA